ACACCCCCAGUGAAAACCAGAACGUUCUGGGCCAUGACAGCUCUCCUGACACAAACUGCUCCUGCUGGGACCGCAGCAGUACUGCAGGCUACCACGGACUCCCCCUUCAACCUGACUCUGACCUCUGCACGGGUGGAACUUGCAUCGAGCCAGCCGCUGGCUCCUCUGUGUACGGUCUGCUGCUGCGGCUUUCUCAAUCGUACCUUUGCUGUGGCGUUCAUGGUCAGCCUGGCUGUGGCCAUCGUGGUUGGGAAUGUGAUCACUCUGAUUGUGUUUGUGCAGACGAGACAGUCCAGAACAGCCCAAGGCUACCUGAAAGUGUCUCUGGCCAUAGCCGACAUGAUGGUGGGCCUCCUUGUGGUCCCCUUCUCCAUCUACACCGAGGUCACAAUGAUGGUCAGGACCGUGCCUCCCAUUUGGUAUCAGGGGGGCUCGACAUCUGCAGAUUCCUCUCUUGGUGGCCAGGGGAGCUCCUUCCAGCCGUGCAUGCUGAUCGGGCCAGUGUUCGCUGGGUGCACCUUCGUCUCCAUCAGCACCAUCUUCCUCAUGACCGUGGAGCGGAGUGUCGCCAUCCUGCGGCCGCUCCACAAGGACGCCCUGGUGACGCGGCGGAGGACUCUGCUCCUCAUCCUGCUUUCCUGGACCGCCAGCUUCCUCCUGGCACUGGCACCCCUCAUCUUCAGCGGCAAUUUCACUUUGGAGUACAACGAGUGCAGCCGGAUGUGCAACUACGCCCCGCUGUUGCUCGGCAACCAGCUGCCGCCCGAUGCCAACAUCUUGCUAUUGUUCCCGGCGUUUGACUUCACCCUUCUUGGCGGGACGCUGGCAAUUAACAUUGUGUCUUUCACAAGCAUCCGGCAGUACUCCAGGAGACGCAAACUGCUCUCGGAGGGCAGUUUGAGCGACGGGGGAGUCGUCAGUGGAGCAGGAGGAGGAGGGGCUUGUCCUCACAGACCCUCAUUUUCAGACAUUAAGGCUGCUAAGACAAUCAGCAUAUUAACAUUUGCCUUCACUGCCUCCUUCUCGCCCAUUGCAGUGUUUGUGCUGGGGAACGUGGUGGGCUACACCUGGUGCAACUUCUCCUUUGUUGCCUUCUGGAUUCUAACAGGAAACAGUUGUUGCAACGUCAUCAUCUACAGCGUCCGGGACCACCGCUUUCGCAAGGGGGUGACCCUGCUCUUUCGGCGUGAACACUUCCCCCUGACAGGGGAGAAAAACUGAGGGACGUCUCCGGAGUGGUUGCUAAUCGCGUUGGUGAUGGGAUUGGAUAGUGGUGCUAACUUUGCAUGAAGUUGUGUCAGUCUGUCUUAGUCAGUACCUUCAGGAUUUCGCGUUUUUUUGUGACUGUCGUGGCCUAAAAUGUACAAAUUCGCAGCAGCUUUUUCCAAAAGCUGUGGCAAACGUUGCGAUAUUUUGAGGCUUAUUUUCCUUUCCAAAAACAUUGAAUAAACUUGUGAUUUUUAUGAAUUUGUUAUCAAUGUUUUAAGUAUUCAAAAAACAACCAACAGGAUUUCAACAAACAUUUGAAAACAAAUACUGUAUUGCUGUUUUACUCGU